CCCUGAUAAGAGGGGCUAUAAAGGGGCCGCGGGGGCGGCUGUGGCUGCAGCCGCCCCACGGGGCAAGGGACAGUGGCAUCUGGCCAGGGCAGGAACGGUGACAGCGGCGAGCGGCCUGUCCUGGAUCUGCCGCCAUGCCCCGGGUUCUGCUCCUCCUUCCCCUCCUCUUCCUCAGCGCCACCGCUGCUGUCUCUGAGGACGCGGACCCCGGGCCGGGUGCCGGUGACCGGCUGCGGGCGCUGCUGGCGGAGCUGGCGGGUCAUCCCGACGCAGGCGCGGCUAUCCCGUGCCAGGACCUGGGCCCCAAGGCCCUGCCCGGCUUCUCCCGGCUGCCGCCAGAGCCCCACGCCCUGGCCCGCGCCGCGCUGGUGCUGGCGCUGAACGGGGCCGGCUGCGUGGCCGAGGCCGAGGCCGAGGCGCUGGGGCUGGCAGGGGAGCUGGGCACCCCCGUGGCCACAGCAGUGCUGCGGGGGCUGGCGCGGCUGCGGGAAGGCCCGGCCCCCCGGCCCCUGUCCCUGCUUCUCCUCAGCCUGGCGCGGCCAGGGGGCUCUGCCUGCGUGGAUCCCACCCUGCUCGGGACCCCCGCGCCCGGCACCCAGCCCACAGCACCCUCGGCGGGGAGGGUCCCGGGGGCCUGGCUGUCCCUGUGCCGCCGGCUGUCCCGGCGCCGGCGCGAGGGCGAGGGUGAAGCUGAGGACGCCUGCAACCCACCGGGGGAGCAGGAAGCCCACCGGGUGCUGGAGUGGGUGCCCGGCGUCAGCAUCUUCUACAACCUGGGCACCAGCGUCUACUUCGCCUUCCAGGGCUGCAGCGCCACAGCCUCGGCACGGGCGCUGGAGGCCACCGAGGACCUGGGCUACGCCGGGCUGGCCGCGCUCACCGGGGGCCUCGGCGGCCCCGUGGCCAUGGGGGUGCAGCUGGGGCUGCAGCCGGGGCUCAAGGCCGGGGUGCGGGCGCUCAUCGGGUACUUCACCUCGGCCGGGGACCCCCCGCCGGUGCCCACUGCUCACAGCGGCUCCGCCAUCAUCAUCUGAAUAAAGGCCACGUGCUGGAGCUGGCAGAGUGUCCCUGUCCCCAUUGGAUCAGUGCAGGGUCACCCUGUGCUGGGGCACACGGACCUUGACUCCGGGGGUGGCCUUGCUGAGCCACGUGUUGGCAGCUGCUCUGUCCCUGUCCUGCCCAGCGUCCCAGGCCCUGUGCCUCUGUCCCCGCUGUCCCCAUGACCUGUCCCCGUCC